GAGUGACGUAACGUACAACUCGGUCUACGGCACGCCACUUGUGAGCAAGAGCAUAACGACGGGACGCGGGAAGAGCCGAGGUAUUUGCAGGAAAACAGAUCAAUCUCUACAGAAAUCUGAAGCAGAAUCCUGGCCACUUUUUAUUUUCAAAGAAAGAAAGGACAGUGAAAUGGAUAAACUGAAGAAUAAAAGGAAGCUAAGGUCAGGGAAGGAGACUGACAAGGACGAGGAGGCUGAAGAGGUUAAAGGAAGUAGUGGAGCUCCACCGACAGCAAAAAAGGUCAGGGGUGAUGACGUCACUGGGGCACAGAAGGGCAAGGAUGGUACUUCCACUGAGGAGGAGGCGGAGCCUGGAAAAACACGCAGUCAGGAAGAAGAUGCAGUUAUUGAGCGGCAUGCUGGUGGAGGUGCUGGCCAAGCAGCCAGCGAGGGUCGCGUUUGCUCCCUCUGCGGUUUUGUGGCCAAAACCCCCACUGCCUUGAAGGUACACACCAAGAGGAAACACUUUGGGGAAGGGGUGAGUACUGGGAAACCUGAGUUAACUAGAAACAUCAAGCAGGAUGGAGGAAGUGAGAAGUUUGAAACGCCAGAGACAAAUAUCACUGACCUUACAGAAGAACGCGUCAAAGUGAUGGAUAAGGAAAAACAGGUGAUCACCUCAAAUAGUAGUCUGCAUGAAGGUGCAUCUCCUUACCAGGCAGAUUCCUUUAAGGGAGAACAGCUUCAGAGUAAGAGCAAUGCAGCUGAGGAACAGGUUGAGAACAUCCCACCAUCCAAGUGUGAAGAAGCUGGAGAAGAUGAUAGCUCAAAAUCAGAAAGGGAUGUUGCUGGCAAAGAUACCUUACUGGCUGACAAAAGAGCAUUGGGUCUCCAGGCAAGCAUGGAGGAUGAGGGCAGAGUUGAAGAACUUCCUGAAGCAGAGGAGAAGAAAGUCCAUGUAAAAACGAGAGCAAAACGAAGUAAUCAUGGUACAAGUCAGAGCGAAGACACCAGCAUCAGUCCUACCCAGAUACUUCUGGAAAUGGUUGAAACUGUUACUGAAACAGAGAGUACAAGUAUAGAUGAUUCGAUCAGUCUGGAUAAUUCACACGAGAGUGAUGGUGAUGGAAAGCAAGAGGCCUCUAUAGGGGUGAUGGAUAAGGGGAGCACUUCUGAAGCUGCUGGAUGUUGUGCUGUCAUUGCACAGGGCAAUACUGAUUGCCAGAUCUUGGACACGGCAGGUCACCCAGCUCAUAGUGCGCAGAUGGAACUAAAAGCAGCUGAAGCAGUUGAAAAGCAGGGACCAUCCAUUAGGCAGAAGGUGGUGAAACGAGGCCCAAAACCCAAGACAGGCCAUGUGCUCUGUGACAAGCACAGCAUUGCGACACAUGUCAAAAAGGUCCAUGUGAAAGAAAUGAACUUCUCCUGUCAGCCCUGCUCUUAUGCUUGUGUAGCUAAGAGUGAUUUUGAAAAACACUGUUCAAGCAACAAGCACAAAACAAGAGUGGAGGGCGCUAAUGCCCUGGCAACUGGGGGUGCCAUUGAUAAGUUAGAAAAUGCUUCAAAGACGGCAGCCCCUGUGCCAAGCAAGGACUCUGAUAGGGUGAUUGCUCUCCAGCUUCGGCCAAAGGCUCAAAGCGAUCGCUUCCGUAACCGUACUCGCAACGAUGUAGCAUCCAAUGGAAAUGAGAAAACGGUCUCCACGGGUGAUGAGCAAGAAGCUAAGGAAGGAAACCUGGGAGACUCAUUCCAAGAGUGCAUUGAGAAAUCUUCCAGUGAGGACCAGUUACUUGAUGAUGAUGCAGAAAGGAUCAAGGAAUUGGACCCUGGAGCAAAGCAGUCUGCUGGAUCUGAUGGGGUCACAGAGAGUGACGUAAGUGGAAGUGUGGAGAUUGCUGAGAGGAGCAACCUGAAGAAAAGACGAGGCAGACCAAAGGGGUUCACUAUGACUACUUGUCAAUACUGUGGGCUGGUGGCUUCCAAUGCCACAAACCUUAGUGUCCACAUAAGGCGCAGGCACAGCCGUGAGUAUGGCUUUGCAUGCAAAGUGUGCAACUACUCUUGCGUGACCAAAGGUGACAUGGAUCGCCACUGUGCUACCAAGAAACAUAUGAAGCGUAUGGAGCUUGCCAGUGAUAGUCAGUCACAGGACUGUGAGGUAGACUCUAUUAGUGUGGUGGAAGUCCUCCACAGCAAGGUACUUGUCACAGGGGAUCAGCAUAGUGUGGGAGGGGCUGUAAAAUCAAAAUGCCAAGAGGCAGCAUCCACCAAGUCAACCCGGGAGGGCAAUCCAUCCCAGCUCCACGAUGAAUUGCAGGCUCAGAUGGGUGACAUGGAAUCCAGAUUAGUUGAUCAGGAGGACACAAUGCAAGAGUCAACCAGCCCAGCGGAAAAGAAGGGAAAGUAUGACACAAUCAACACCUGUACCUACUGUGGCUUUGUGGCCCACUCCCUCCCAUCCCUUGAGCUCCAUGUCAAGCGGAAGCACACUCUGGACUUUGAGUUUGUAUGCCUGGCAUGCAACUACUAUGCCGUCACCUGCAGGGAGAUGUCACGCCAUGCUGCAACUGACAAGCAUAGACAAAAGAGUCAGUCCUACCUAGGCCUCAUUGAGACUAAUGAGGGUGAUGCAACUGAAAGGGAUGUGAGUGGAGAGGCUGGGUCCCAGACUAAUUCUGGAGGCCAGGAUGUAACACUUUUAAGGACCCCUGGUAUGCUAGGGGCUGCCUCCCAUGUAGACCGUGAGACAGAUGCAGAGACCCAUCCGGGUCAGUCCAGCCCUAAUGGAGAUGUUGCAGCUUUGUGUAGUGUGGAGGAGACUGUCAACCAGUCCAAACAUGGCACUGAGGCAAAUGUUGAGGGGGAAGCGGUGGCAGGAGGGGACAGUGUAGAAGAAGCUGAUGUGAGUCAGGAAAGUAUCCUGUCUGAGAAGGAUCCAGAAAAAGUUGAGCUGAAGGGUCACGAAGGCCAGACUGUGCCAGUACUGGACUUGCCCAGCACCGAAGUUUCCAAAGGCUCCAUAGCAGACCCUGCUCCGGAGUCUGCUGGUGACCUCAGAGGCGAGGCUGACUCUGAAAUGGAGGAUGAUGGUGCGCUAGAGGGUUCCUCAGAUGCCGACCCAGAGAUAGCUGAUGGGAAUGGGGACAGUGCAUCCAAGAUGCUCAGGGCGCUUCCUUUUGAUGCAUCCAUUGUUCCCUUCAGAACCAUGUUUGAGGGUGUUGCCUCAGUGACAGCUAAGAAGAAGGCACCUUCCCAGGGGCGUGCUGCAACUGCGGCAAGCUCUCUGAAGAAGACAAAGGCACCUGCAAGCUCUUCUGGAACAGCAAAAGGAGGUGGGUCUGCACGUAUCAGGUGUGAUGACUGUGGCUUCAUGGCGGACGGCCUGAGUGGGCUGAAUGUGCAUGUCUCUAUGAAGCACCCUUCGAAGGACAAGCACUUCCACUGCCUGCUCUGUGGCAAGUCCUUCUACACUGAGAGCAACCUGCACCAGCACCUGACCAGCGCUGCCCACCUUCGCAACGAGCAGGCCAGCAUUGAGGAGCUGCCUGAAGGGGGCGCCUCAUUCAAGUGCGUGAAGUGCAGCGAGCCCUUUGUUACUGAGCAGGACCUCUUCACCCACAUCAAGGAGAAGCACGAGGAGCUCUUGCGGGAGGUGAACAAGUAUGUCCUGGAGGACACGGAGCAGAUCAACAGGGAGCGUGAGGAGAACCAAGGCUGCGUGUGCAAGUACUGCGGCAAGGUGUGCAAGAGCAGCAAUUCCAUGGCUUUCCUGGCGCACGUUCGCACACACACAGGAUCCAAACCAUUCAAGUGCAAACUCUGUGAUUUUGCUACCGCCCAGCUGGGAGAUGCUCGCAACCAUGUCAAGAGACACCUGGGUGUGAGGGAGUACAAGUGCCCUGUCUGCGGGUGGGCGUUUGUGAUGAAGAAGCACCUGAACACACACAUGUUAGGAAAGCACGGCGUGGGACAGCCCAAAGAAAGGAAGUUUGAGUGCGAGCUGUGUGACCGCUCCUUCAGUGAGAAGUGGUCGCUGAACAACCACAUGAAGCUGCACACGGGGGCCAAGCCGUACAAGUGCACCUGGCCCGCCUGCCACUACUCCUUCCUCACCAUGUCCGCCAUGAAGGACCACUACCGCACCCACACAGGAGAGAAGUCCUUCCUGUGUGACCUCUGCGGCUUCGCCGGGGGGACGCGCCACGCCCUGACCAAGCACCGGCGACAGCACACAGGAGAGAAGCCGUUUAAGUGCCAGCUCUGCAGCUUCGCCUCCACCACGCAGUCGCACCUGACCCGGCACCGGCGCGUCCACACGGGGGAGAAGCCCUACCACUGCCCCUGGUGCCACUACAGAUCUAACUGUGCUGAGAACAUCCGCAAGCACAUUCUCCACACGGGCAAGCACGAGGGCGUGAAGAUGUACAACUGCCCCAAGUGCGAGUACGGAACCAACGCCCCCAUGGACUUCCGGAACCAUCUGAAAGAACUGCACCCCGACAUCGAGAACCCCGAUCUGGCGUACUUACACGCAGGAAUCGUCUCCAAGUCGUUCGAGUGCCGUCUGAAGGGUCAGGGCGCCACCUUCGUGAAGGCGGAGGCCACCUUCGCGGCCGAGGAGGGCUCGCCGGAGGAGGCUCCCCAGGACGGCACGGAGGAGCCGGCCGUGCAGCAGUUCAUCAUCAUCCAGGGCUACGGCGAGGACUACGCCGUGGACCAGGCCCUGGAGCAGUCGGCCGCCGCCACGCUGCAGACGCUGGCCAUGGGGGGGCAGGUGGCCGAGGUGCUGCACAUCACCGAGGACGGCCAGGUCAUCGGGGGCGGGACCGCCGACGCCCACCAGCUGGCGGCGGGCGGGGCCCAGUUCGUCCUGGUGGAGUCGGAGGAGGUGGGGCCGGUGCUGGGCCGGCCCGAGGGGGCGGGGGCCCCCGGAGGACACGCCCCCGAGACGUCCAGCGCCCUGGACGCGCUGCUGUCCGCCGUCACCGAGCUGGGCGCGGCCGGGCGCGGCCGAGGGGGCGGGGCCGGGGGGGAGGCCCAGGGAGGUGCGGGGGCGCUGGCCACGAAGGAGGAGCGGGCCAAGGAGACGCGUAAGGAGGAGGAGGAGGUGGUGGAGGGGGUGGUGCAGGAGGUCCUGCAGUUCGCCGCCAGCCAGCUGAUGAUGAAGGAGGGCCUGACGCAGGUGAUCGUCAACGACGAGGGCACACAUUACAUCGUCACCGAGCUGGACAGCUCCACCCUGCAGGUGGAGGGCACCGUCUACACCCAGAGCGAGGCCAGCGGGGGGCAGGAGGGCGAGGAGGGGGCGGAGCAGGCCCUGGGCGGGCUGGUGGUGUACUCGGAGGCCCCCUGCCAGGACGCCGUGAUGGAGGAGUGAGGGGCUGCCGGGGGUGUCGGGAGCUGGAGGAGCGGCAGACCUCCUGGAGACCAGCUCCAGUUCUCACUCAUCAUUGGAAGGCGGUCAGGGGCGGGUAUAUGAGUAGACCUGGUCUAGGGUCAGCGGAAAGCUGGGCACAAAUAAAAGCUCUCCCAGAGAUUCGUUUUAUAAUAACCAUUGACUAUUUUUCCCAAAAACAACAAAUAAAUGUAAAGCUCUGUUUGGACGUGCGUGUUAAAUGGUAAUUGUACGGUGAGCCGCUCGCCGUUUCCCAGCCGACGGCCCCAGGUGUCCUUUAAAGCACUGGGGAUCCACGCUGUGGUCUUUAUUCUCCUUCAGCCUGUUAUGCAAUCAUGGCCGAUUGUACUUUUGAUGGUAUCUCCGGGCUAUUUUUUCUCCCAAUAUUUAAUUGCUUCUUUGAUGAAUAACUCAGGCUAACUUUAAUUUCUGUGGUAUGGCACAACUUGAAAAAAUUAGCCAAUUACCCAGGGAAAUGACCAUAUUCACAAAAGGAGCGAUUAGGAAUUAGCCGAUAAUUUGGUUUACAAGCAUAUCGGGGUGCUUCCAAUGCAAGAAGAAUCGCCUGAAGAUCUUCAGUACAUGUGGAGAGCUGUGGUUUUACCAUUAACUGUAGAAAUACUGCUUUCCUUAAGAUGUGUUUUUAGCAAAUGAAAAAAGUACAUCUGUAAAAUGUAAUAUGGGAGGAAAUGCUUUCCGUUCUAUUUGUUACAGUCAUUAUCUACAGUGUUGUGUGCGUUCUAAAGUGAGUUAACACAUACGCAUAGAUUUAUUUUUUCUUAAAAGCCAGCAGAAUCUUUUUUGUUUUUUUUUAACUGAAACCAUCUUCAUCUAUGUUAACAAUGGCUGUUUUUCUCUUUUUGGUUUCUGGUGUUCUGUUUGCCGUUUCUAUGGUCUGUUGUUAUUGUGUGUGGUUUUUUUUUGUUUUUUUAAAGCUCUGGGACUGAGCAAAAGCGGCAGCUAACGGCUAACAGCUAACUGUAUCUAUAAGCACCCCAACAGCACGCUGAACUCAGGGAAGCGCACUCCUAAUUUUCCCGAAUAAAAAAGACGUGUUUCACCUUCACGUGUUUUCACAAAGGUCCUGGCAGAUCGGUCUCAAACAACAGGGGAGUCUAAUCCAACUUCACUACAGUAGUUGGAUGUUAUUUUAUUUUAAGGGAAAAAAGGAGAAAAAAAACAGGUGCAAGUUCUACAUAGUACAAAUGCUUAGUGUGUAUUAUUAUAAGUUUGCCUGUUUUCUCGUAGUGAAAAUAUGACUGAAAACUAAAGAUCAGAUCAAAGGCUUUAUUUAAAUUUUAUGAUUACUGCAAAGCACGUUGUUGUUUAGUAUGAGUUUGGGGUGGGGGAUGGGCGGUGGGUGUGUCCGAAUGCCGUUUUUCAAUGAGAAUUAUUAAAAUAAUCGUUCAUAAAUAAA